CAAACGGCUGAGUGACAAAAUGAUAACUUUCUUACGGGGAUUAAACCUUAUUUGCUGUAUCGGUAAAAACAAUUUAGUAAACUGCCUAAUGGUAAAACGAGCAUGGUGAUUUAAGAAUCCAGAUUAGUGACAUAUUUAAACUUUAGCAGGCCAGCAAGCGUGAGUAAAUAAUGUGUCAUUGUUAGGUAGGCUUUUGGCAUGUAAACAUCAUUGUGGAAGAAAAAUACGGUGCGAAAAAUACAAAUAGAAAAUAUUAUAAAUCGAGUGGAAGUCUGGACAUGGUGUUUAUAUAUUGUGGUGACUCUAUAUGUAAUGAAUGGCAUUGUGGACUUAAAGUACUUUAUUGACUAUAUAAUGGAUUGACUUUAUAUGUAUUGAGUGGCUUUGUGGAAUUAGUAUUGGACUGAGUAUUUUGUCAACUUUAUGAUUGACUUUAUAUAAUAUUGAGUGACAUUGUGGACUUAGUGUUCAUGCAUUUUGUUGACUAUGUAAUGGAUUUUCGAGGCCAAUCAUAAACGAAGAUGAGAAGUGUACAAGUUGAUAUCAUCAGAAAUGUCAAGAAGUCCAUGCCGUGUGAGAGUGGGUCGGCAUUUGGUGGCAGUAGCACAAGUGGCACUCUGACCUCUACAGACAGCAACGUGAGUGGGCGUGACCCCCAGUGCGGCACCCUCGCCUCAACAGACAGCAACAACAGCGGCCGGCAGCACCAUCCAGCGCUGCACCCACACCAGUUUGAUGUGUUUGGAUUGCUCCAGUCAAGGGCCCUGGAGGGGAGCGGUUAUCCGGAGCGACAACCGAGCCCGAGUCGGUCAUCAACGUCGGGAUCCGACCACCGACAGAUCACGCUGUUGGAGCGUCUGCAGAAGACACACCCGAUAUGGUUCCUUCCAAAAGUGGGGCGGAAUGGGGCCGUCCAUCUGCUCAAGGACAGGGAUAUCGGGGUUUUCAUAGUUCGGGCGUCAAGCCAGGACAAGGUGAUGGCCCUGUCUGUGCAAUUUCCAGACCCCAAGGGCUCUCCGAACAUAGAUCACUACCUGAUACAGCUUGUAGAGGCCGGGUACCAUCUGCAGGGGUCUGCUCGACUCUUCCCCUCCAUACCAGAACUGAUAGCAUACUACUGUGAUCAUAAGGAGGACCUCCCCCACAAGCUGGCGCUGCCCCCUGCUGUUCUGAAGGCUCGAACCAUCAAGGAGCUUGACUCCCUCGCUAUGCUAGGUCAAGAUUUUUGGACAUCUGCUAAGUACGACAGCCAGAGUCGAUCAUCCAGUCGGUCUAAUUUGUCAGAGAUAUCAUCAGGGAUGAACAAAUCACAGAGCGAACCAAUCAGCAUUAAAAAGUCAACUGUGAUGGCGUAUAGCCAGUCAGAUGCUAUCCUCCGAGACAACACUCCCCCAAAACAUUCUGUGAUAGACUUUUCCUCUUACCUAAUUCAAAAGCCUGACAGAGAUAUUAAUUUUACAUCAGUGACUUCUGCCUGUCAGCACAGUGUGACACAACAGCAAGACAGUUUUCAUACCAGGUGUUCAGAAAGUGGAUUUAUGAGGACCUUUCACCAGUCAAAAAGUGAAUCAAAACUUAGUAGUCAUGUGUCCUCAAAAACACAUCAUUUAGUGUCAACGCAGCAUGUGACUUCGAAAAGCCAUGUAACAGAUAAAAUGUCAAGUUUCUCUUCAGUCUCUGAGGAUACAAAUGUAGGAGGAAGCCACGAGUUUGUGCUACAUGUUAAUGACAAGGAAAAUAGAGUGGAUAUCAGGCUAUCCAAACGGGAUUCCCAGGUAUUGGUUCCGUAUGCUAAACCAAAUAAAUUUCAUCAUGACACUCUUGUGCUAAGUCCACAAGGAUUUCUCCAGCCAACAAACAGUACGGAGGAAUAUUACUGGCGGAGCAAUCUCUCUGACAAAAUGAGUGAUUACGAGGAUAUUUGGAAAAAACAAUUAUGCAGAUCCUAAAAUGGGAAGUGUUCAUUCGGAUAUUCGUCAGCAUUUACAGCAUCAGCUUUUGAGUCCAAAAUCUGUGUCAAAGGCUCAGGCAUUUGACCACCAUGAUACAGAAGUGUUCACUGAAAACUGGCACAGUGAUAAAUGUGUGAUUAAAGACCUAAAUGUCAGUCUGGAUAAAUUGGACAUGAGUAAAGAUGCUACAAAACAAGAGGAAACUGUGAUCACAAGUAAGACAAUGACUACUACUCAAAGUGCUAAUUCUUCUGUUGUUACCAAAAAGUGUGCACUGUUCGACCUGAUGUGAACCGUCUUGAACCAUUAGCAUCCAGUAGCAAACAAAGCAAUGACAAAAUUAUUACAGACACUGAAAAGUGCUCCGAAGUGCAAACUGUGCAAGACAAGGAGAGUGACCUUGAAUCAGACAAUAGCAAUGGUUGCCAUAGUGAAGCAGACGAUGCGGAUACUGAGGACUGUGAUGACAGACCUAUGAUUACUUCUGUUCAAACUCAGACCAGUCCAGUGUGCAAGUUAAAGAGCCCUUCGUUUGGAAAAUCCAUAUCCACUAACUCAUUAUCCACCAUGAGAAGUCCAAUAUACACUGAACCCUUUGAUGCCAUUAGUCAAGAUGAUAAGGACAAAAAAGGUCCAAAGCAGAUGGCCAAAAAGAUACGCAGACAGUCUGCACCCGCUGUCGGCGUGGGUCAAAGGCGAAGACCAUCAACUGACUGUCAUAAACUAACUCCUGUAUCAGGAGAGACAAUUGAUACCGAUGAAAUUAAAGUGUCAGAAAAUAACGAACACGAUUCCGAAUCUACAGAUGAUGAGGAUGUGUUUGAAAUAUCUCUUGAACUUGUUCAGCCUUCAAAACACAAAUCUAUAGAAAAUUUUGAGACCAAUCCUUACGGACUGGCCUGGGUGGAUAGUAAGCUUUCCCCAAAAGAGCAAGCAAAGCCAAUGCCAAUACCAAGAAAAACAAAAGUGUCAAAAAACUUAUUGCACACUGCUGUCAGUAAUCA